AUGUCAGAAAAAUCAGAAAUACAGCUUGAAUCAACGAAUUACGAGCCGGUUACUGAAGUUAACAUAAUUUUGACUUCUUUGCAACAGAAUGAAGAAAAUAUUGAACUCCAUAAAAUGAACGGCCAAGAAAAUUUGAGAUCUCCAGAAUUGAAAAAAGAAAAUUCUAGCCUUCGGAUGAUUGUGCUGCUGGAACUAUAUAAACGAUAUUUCAAUGCGUUACAAAUAUCUAUUGUGUUUACAUUAUACGAAUUUUUUGGAGUCAUUACAAACCUUACUGGCAAUAUUAUGGAAUCACGUCUAGGUAUUCAAGCCCUUCUUGUUUCUGGUUAUUUUAUUCAUACUGUUGGAAUUGCAAUGCUAUGCGGCCUACAAAGAUACUGGAACUCAUGGAAUUCAUCAAUAAUCAUAAUAUAUGCUACUAUUGCUCAAGGAUAUAGUAGAAUAGCCAAAGAUUUGGUCAAAUUAGGUUGUAAAUCUGUAAUAAAAUUAGCGACAAAAGAUGACAACCCUCAACAGUCAAUAAUAUUCAAAUUGGUAACUUGGAUCGUAAAUGCAAAAAAUUCUGUAAAAGGUGUUGGAGUCUUUUUGGGUGCAUUUUUAUUACAAUAUAUGGAUUAUAUUCCUGCAUUGUUCAUACUAGUGGCUAUAAAUUUGAUGAUUAUUAUUUUCGCAUUGAUUUAUUUCGAUCAUGAUUUGGCCGUUAGCGAAUCGAAGAAACAGAUGACAUUUAAAGAAAUUUUUGAUAAGGGAAGAGAUGUAAAUAUCUUAUCAAUGGCCAGAAUGUUUUUGUCUGGUUCACGCGAUCUCUGGUUUGUGGUACCUUUACCACUUUAUCUAAUAGGACAAGUUGGAUGGCCAUAUUUUAGCACUGGUGCACUCCUUGCCAGUUGGAUAAUACUUUCUGAAAUGAUACAAUUCAUCACCCCUUACCUGAUUCUAAAACCACUUCAAAUAUAUCCUGUAAAAAAUGGACCAUAUUGUCAUAGAGAUAAGGUCGCCAUGGAUGUCGGACUUUAUUAUAUGGCAAAUGUUUUUGGAAGAUUGGUUGGAUUAAUUUUGGGUGGUGUAUUAUAUUAUUAUAUUGAAUUGGGUGCUUGCUUGUGGGCAUCUGUGGGAGCAUUAAUCAUCUGUACAAUUGUUUCCUUUUUCCUUGGUCCUGUUUCUGAAUAUCAGGGCGAACAAACAAAGUCUUAA